UGCACACAGUGUACACUCCGACAACAGAACAAGCCAGUCAGGCCAGUCAGCAUUCGGCGCGCAGUCCGUUAGCACAUCUAUAUCGCGCUACACAUUCGAGUUACUCGAAUGUCAACAAACUUUCACCUCGUCUGUAAACAAACAAAAUAAAUAACAUUGAAUUCUGGAGAUUUGUUGGUGUCAAGUUUUAUUGCAUUGGAGCGAGCUGUGCGGAGGAUUAAAUUGACUGAAUGUUCCAAUUGUGCUGUGACUAAAUUAACUAACUAGCUGCUGGUGAUCGCUAUGGGCAAGGAUUAUGGAGAGCCAAUUCGGUAUGACCCGAAUUUCAACGGUCCCAUCCACAACCGGUCCUGCACAGACAUCUUUUGGUUGACUCUAUUCAUACUCUUUCUUGGAGCAUGGGGCUACGUUGGCUAUUAUAGCAUGAGACACGGGAACAUUGAAAAGCUCCUCGCACCAAUCGACACGGCUGGAGCUCGAUGUGGUCUCGACUCUAGCGUGAAGGACAAGCCGUACCUCGUGUUCUUUGAUAUUUCCAAAUGUCUGUCACCCGGCACUCCCAUCGUCGGCUGCCCCACGCCACAGGUUUGCGUAUCGAAGUGUCCAUCCAGAACAAUAAUUUUUAGCUCAGAAAUGAACCAGCAAAAUUUUGGUGCAUAUAGAUCCGAAUUGGUGUGCACAUAUGACGUCAACGUCAAUACCAUUACUUACGCGCAAGCAGUUGAAUACAUGUCCAAUGGGAAAUGCGCUCCAUACGUAUUGGAAAGUCAAGCAGUGUUAUCCCGUUGCAUCGGCGAUCUGUCAACUCUACAAUGCCAGGGAGACAGCAAGUCGAGUCCAAAGACUCUUAGUAAAAUGACUGACAGCUGCGUGAGGAACCCUAGCGAGGCUCGCAAGUCGUUGGUGAACAGAGCAACAGCUCUCGACUCUUACAUCGGCUGGAUCGUAGCCAGCUGGAUGUCCUACUUCAAACAGACGGACGAGCGCGAAACUCACAUUUUGUCGGCGCAAAUAGUUCAAGACUUAGUUCAGUCGAGAUGGUACCUGUUAGGUGCUGUCUUCGGAGUUGUGGUCCUGUGUUUCCUGUACAUCCUGCUGCUGCGCUGGGUGGUAGGCCCAGUCGUAUGGGUAUCCAUCGUGGGACUUAUCGGCCUGCUCGGCUUUUGCGUGUAUCUAUGCUACAAGAACUACGCAUAUUACAAAGCGAACCCAGGGUUGCUGCAUCAGACAACCAAUUUGAAGGGUUACGCUGAAUCCAUGUUCACGAAGCCUGGCACCUGGAUGGCGAUUCUCAUCGCAGUGGCUAUAGUACUCCUCAUUCUUGUGCUGAUGGUCGUUUUCCUUAGAAAACGAAUUUCUAUUGCCAUUGCUAUCAUCCGUGAAGGAAGCAAAGCCGUAACAGCAGUGAAGUCCACAAUAUUCUUCCCGUUAUUCCCGUGGAUCUUCCAAUGCUUUACCAUUGCUUAUGGUGUAUUGGUGCUCAUGUAUCUCCUGUCCAUCGGAGACUCCGCCUUCAAAAUAGUCAACCUACAGAAUGACACAACUUGUAGCUGCAGUAAUGGUAUUUAUACCCAGGACUACCAGUCGUGUGAUCCAGUUACAUUCCUAAAGGAUUGUUUCGACAGUAAUGGAGGCUCGUGCAAGCAAGCCAUGUGUCACUUCACUGGACUCGAAAAUCCGCACAGCGUCGUCUACUUGCAUUUGGCCAACUUAUUGGGUUUCUUCUGGACAAUGUUCUUCAUCAGUGGAGUAUCAGACAUGAUGUUGGCCAGCACAUUUUCCACGUGGUACUGGACAUACGACAAGAAAGACCUUCCAUUCUUCACACUUACCUCUGGUAUAUACAGGACAGUACGGUAUCACCUGGGUACCGUGGCCUUUGGAUCUUUGAUCAUAGCCAUAGUUCGAGUGAUUCGUGUCAUACUCGAGUACAUCGACCAGAAACUGAAGAAGUUCGACAAUCCUCUCACAAAAUGUCUCAUGUGUCUAUGUAAAUGCUUCUGUUGGUGUUUGGAGAACUUCCUCAAGUUUAUUAAUAAGAACGCGUACAUUAUGUGCGCGGUUCACGGACAGAAUUUCUGUACGAGCGCGAGAGACGCCUUCUCAUUGCUAAUGAGGAAUAUCUUGAGAGUAGUAGUUAUUGAUAAGGUGACAGAUUUCCUGUUCUUCUUAUCAAAACUGUUGAUAUCCAUUGGAGUGGGUGUCGGCGUGUACUACCUGCUACAGUGGAACUUAUUGUACGAAGUGACGAAGGGUCAGCCGUUACACUACAACCACAUUCCCGCCAUUAUACUAAGUAUUGCCACCUACCUCAUCUGUACAAUAUUCUUCAACGUCUACGAAAUGGCCGUUGACACAUUGUUCCUUUGUUUCCUUGAAGACUGCGAAAGAAACGAUGGCUCACCAGAGAAACCAUACUUUAUGUCGAAAAAUCUUAUGAAAAUCCUUGGUAAACGAAACAAAGAAUUAUAAAGUGCCAAAAAUUGCGUACGAGUGUUGUGAACGUAAAACUAAGAGAAUAAUUUAUAUCGUGUCAAAACUUUAAAUCAUUGUCACAAUUAUUAUAAUCACUGGUACUUCGAUUUACACAUUUUAUAGGAGUUUUUACUAUAUUUGUAUUUGUAAAAUAUUUUUAAUAAUAAUUUAGAUGUGUACUCUUUUACAGUAUUGUAUCAUAGUUUUUAAUGAUAGAAACCAAAUAAUAAUUUGUUAUGUACGUUUUUAAAAUUUAUUACAAUGGAUCACACCAUUUAUAAGAGAAACUGAGAUUACUAAGAUACUUUAUGAUUAAUCAAGAAAGAUUAAACAUUUGUCUGAUAAUAAAUUAAGUGGUUUGUGAUACUGAGAAUAAACUUUGUGAAAUUAAA